AUGUCCCCUCGCGUUGCGGGCAGCCCUCCGAUCCCGCUGCCCUGGGCCGCGACCCUGCUCCUCGCCCUGCGCGUGGGAAGGGCCCUGGCGCUACCCGAGAUAUGCAUCCUGUGCCCAGGGAGUAUGCAGGAUUGGUCAAAAGUGGCCCUUUAUUGUAAGCAGACGCCAGAGCGAACGUUGCACGCCCGCUGCUGCCUGAAUCAGAAUGGCACCAUCCUGGGGCUGGAUCUCCAGAACUGUUCUCUGAAGGACUUUGGUCCAAACUUUCCUCAAGCACAUACUGCCGUCAUCAUAGACCUGCACGCAAACCCCCUCAAGGAUGACUUGGCCAACAUCUUCCACGGCUUUACCCAGCUCCAGACUCUGAUACUACCACCCGAUGUCAACUGUCCUGGAGGUAUUAACGCCUGGAACACUGUCACAUUUUACCCAAACAACCAAACCUGUGAAGGACAAAGGAACCUUUGCAAUAGCACUGGGGACACAGAAAUAUGUCCUGAGAAUGGAUCUUGUGUGCCUGAUGGUCCAGGUCUUUUGCAAUGUGUUUGUGCUGAUGGCUUCCAUGGCUACAAGUGUAUGCGCCAGGGCUCGUUCUCGCUGCUUACGUUCUUUGGGAUUUUGGGAUCCACCACAUUACUCAUCUCCAUCCUUCUUUGGGGAACCCAACGCCGAAAAGCCAAGGCUUCAUGA